GAUUAUUUGCAUGCAGACCGUUGCUUCCGGGUGAUUUCAAUACAAGGAUUUUUUAAACGUUUGGAAGCUUUUUCUAUAUCCUUAGAAAAGCUGUGAGCUUUGAAAAUGAACAGAAUUUUUGGACGUGGGAAGCCCAAAGCGCCUCCUCCAAAUUUAUCGGAAUGUAUCGGCACUGUGGAUGCCAGGGCAGAUUCAAUAGAAAAGAAAAUAAGCAGACUGGAUGCUGAACUUUUGAAGUACAAGGAUCAGCUAAAAAAGAUGAGAGAUGGGCCCUCGAAGAAUAUGGUGAAACAGAAGGCGAUGAGGGUCCUGAAACAGAAGAGAAUGUAUGAAGGUCAAAGGGAGCAGUUGGCUCAGCAGUCAUUUAACAUGGAGCAGGCAAACUACACAAUCCAGACCUUAAAGGACACAAAAACUACAGUGGAAGCCAUGAAGAUUGGUGCAAAGGAAAUGAAAAAGGCUUACAAAGAUGUCAAACUUGAUCAGAUUGACGAUUUACAGGACCAGCUGGAGGACAUGAUGGAGGAUGCGGGCGAGGUACAGGAAGCACUGAGCCGCAGUUACUGCACUCCAGAGAUCGAUGAGGACGAUCUCGAAGCGGUUUAUCCAAGAACCCCCGAUUCUGCCAUUUUGCACAGUGAUGAAAUGAUUGCUCUUUCAGAGCUGGAUGCGCUGGGUGAUGAGCUGCUGCUGGAUGAUGACAGCUCCUACUUGGACGAGGCCUCAGCUGCCCCGUCUAUCCCCGAGGGGAUCCCCAGUGACAGCAAGACGAACAAGGAUGGCGUCCUGGUAGAUGAAUUUGGUCUGCCACAGAUUCCUGCCACCUAAAAAGGGAAAUAUGACAACAACUGCACUUCAAAAGAAAACACUUUUUUUAUGAAGAGUAACAUUUAUAAACGCGGUUCCAUUUGACCUGAGAACACUACAAUUUUGUCUGUCCUGGUGUUGGGCUGUGUAUUGUUACCACUACCGUGCUAGCAUGUGGCCUUGUAAUAUACUGAACCUAUUUUUAUUCCCGUUAUUUUCUGCCCGUCACACUCAUUUGCCAGUAUUGUUUUUAAUUUAUUUGUCCAAUUUACUAGUUUUGUGUGUUGUUUAGUCAUUACUGUUUUGCUUGAGUUCUCAGAAGUGGAGAGGAUUCCCGCUUUGGUCCACUUAUCUGCAGGGGUACUUGAAAAAUGCUAAAUAAAUAAUGUGUUUUAACUUAACCUUGA